AAUUAUAAGAAGGAAAGUUGUCGGUGUAAAAAUUGUACUGUAAACAAAAGCAGCACAUCACUUGCAUCGUUGGGCAAUGUUUUAAAUUCCUCUACGUAACUAUAUGAUUAAUUGCUUAAUUUAUUGCCAGGCGGCAAUCUGUUCUUUUACCAAUGAGCUUGGGGGAGAAAGCUUCUGACCAAUGCCAGCAAAGGCAUGACGUCAUCACUGUAUCUUGACCUAAGCAAAGAUUAUUAAUUCCGACAUUCAAUUGUGGCAAUAUAUAUUAAGGGCAUCGACAUGAACUUUUCAUUUCCAUCAGAAUAUCUAAAACACCUCCCUUUGUUUCUUCCCCAAAUGGAAAAAGCUUCAGAGCUAGUCUUCAUCCCUUCCGCCGGCAUGGGCCACCUCGUCUCCGCCGUCGAGAUGGCAAGGCUCCUCGUUGCUCGACACGACCGACUUUUCAUCACCGUCUUCAUCAUGAAGCUACCCUUCGACUCCAAAGGCACCGAGUCCUACAUAGCCUCCCUCGAGGCCUCUCCCGUGUCGCCACGUGUCAACUUCAUCACCCUCCCAAAAGUUCCUACCAUAGACAAGCACAUGAGCCCCAACUCCUUCCGCAACCAGUUCAUCGAAAGUCACAAAACCCACGUCAAAAACGCGGUCGCCGAACUCACCGAGUCUGAGUCCGAUUCAAGGCCUCGGCUCGCUGGGUUCAUCAUCGACAUGUUUUGUACAACAAUGAUCGACGUGGCGGAUGAAUUUGGGGUUCCUACUUACAUGUUCUUCACUUCACCAGCUGCGUUUCUGGGGUUGUUGUUUAGCCUACAGAGAAUUCGUGACGUGUAUAACAAGGACGUGAGUGACUUCAAGGACUCGGACGCUGAGUUGGCCCUGCCCACUUUUGUCAACUCGGUUCCCGCCAAAGUCUUGCCCAGUGUGCUUCUGGACAAGGACGGCGCGGAGGCGCUCCUCGGCUAUGCCAAACGGUUUAGAGAAACCAAGGGUAUUUUGGUAAAUACAUUCAUGGAGCUGGAAUCGCACGCUCUUGAUUCUCUUUCUAAUGGUGAAACCCCACCUUUGUAUCCAGUGGGCCCCAUCUUGAACCUAAAGAGUGAUGAUAGCCAAUCGGGUUCAGAGCAGGCGCAACAGAAGUCUGAUGUAUUGGAGUGGCUAGAUGAUCAGCCUCCUUCGUCUGUGGUGUUCCUGUGCUUUGGGAGCAUGGGAAGCUUUGGUGAGGACCAGGUGAGAGAGAUAGCGUGGGGGCUUGAGCGGAGUGGGCUCCGGUUCUUGUGGUCUCUACGCCAGCCGCCGCCGAAGGAGACCGUUGCGUCCCCUAGUGACUAUUCGGAUCCCAAGGCGGUCUUGCCCGAAGGGUUCCUCGAUCGGGCGGUUGGAAUAGGAAAGGUCAUAGGGUGGGCCCCGCAGGUGGCGAUCUUGGCCCACCCUGCAAUUGGCGGGUUUGUAUCUCACUGCGGGUGGAAUUCCACGCUUGAGAGUCUAUGGUUUGGGGUGCCGGUUGCCACGUGGCCAAUGUACGCUGAGCAACAAUUAAAUGCCUUUGAAUUGGUAAGGGAGUUGGGAUUGGCUGUGGAAAUCAACAUGGAGUAUAGGAGGAGCUUUUAUGGGGAUAGUCCGAAGGUUGUGAAGGCAGAAGAGAUAGAGAGAGGAAUAAGGGAGGUGAUGGUGCAGGAUAGUGAUUUAAGGAAGAGGGUGAAAGAGACGAGUGAGAAGAGCAAGGCGGCUUUGAUGGAUGGUGGGUCCUCACACUCUUCAUUGGGACAUUUUCUUGAUCAGAUUUUUCUUUGAUAUAUAAAUAAAAUAUAUAUUCGGUGGUUCUGAUUUUGGGUAUACCGCAUGCUUUCAGUGGCUGGUAAGCGGUAUGCGGGGGUUCUAAGAAGUUUCAUAUUAAGAAAAACGAAGGGUGUCUGUAUCUCAUUACUCACGUCACGUCACGUGAUCUAAGACUUUCUCAUUUGUGUCUUGUUUGCCA